AUUGACAUCGAUGUACAGUGCGGUUGAAAUCCUUGGUUACUAUACACGUCGUGGCUACGAUCCAAGGUUCGUGUAACAUUUCCAAUGUUGCGGCCGCGCAGACAGUGAUCAUUAAACGCCGAAGAGGACGGAUGUGUAUUUACUUAGCAGAUACCAAGCAGAAUCCAGAGGUUUCGUAGCAGUGGAUACACGGUCAUGCUCUUGUGACUGGGCCCAUACGUCGCAGCGGCGGCACCAUGGACGACUCCACCAAGCCGUACAGUCGCUUCAACCGGCCCAACACCAUCUACGAGGAAGCUCGUAGGUCGACGGGCGGCUCGGACGUGCUGGCGGACCUGGACAGCGACAACAGCUCGAGCAGCGUGGGCACCGGCUCGACGGGAGACCCCGGAGAGGGGGUCGUCUUCCCGCCCACCUACCUGGUGCUGUCGUUCGCGCGACACGUCCGGCCAGAGGCGCUGCGCUGGCUCGUCGACAAGAUCCGCGGCAAGCGGCGGGACGGCGGCGCUGAGCUGUUCGUGCGCCGCCAGCCGCUCAGGCACGGAGAGGGCGUGACACUGCACAUCUCGGCAUCCAAGAUAAAGUUCCUGGAAGUGGCGGAGGAGCUGGAGCUGCGGAAGCGCGACUCCGCGGGCCUGAUGCGCGAGUUCCUGGUGAGCCAGCUGGAGGACUUCCUGGUGGACGGCAUGCACGUCGACGACCUGCUGACCACGGCCGACCGCCAGGCCAUCGUGCGCCACGAACUUGAAAACAUCCGUGCCCUGCCCGGCGACUCUUGUGUGCCCGGCUACCCGCAGCACCGCCUCUACGAGGGGCAGUCCAUAGUCCAGGUGUGCCUGCACUGGGGGAUCCUGGAGAGGCUAUACCCACUGCACGACCACGAGGAGCUGGACAGGCUGGGCAAGCAGUGGUACCGCUCCAUCUUCCAACAGCAGCCGUUUGAGGACAUCCGGCUGUACUUCGGCGACUCGGUGGCGCUGUACUUCAACUUCGUGAGCUUCUACACGACGGCGCUGCUGGCGCCCAUGGCGCUGGGUUUCCUGCAGCUCUUCCUGUCCUACGAGACGCUCGCCUUCUUCUGCCUCUUCAACGUCAUCUGGGUCACCGUCUUCCUAGAGAUGUGGAAGCGGCGGUGCAGCGAGCUGGCCUUCUCCUGGGGGACCAUCGACAUGACGAGCCUGGACGAGCCGCGCGCCAACUUCCGCGGCCAGAUGGCGAUGGACCCCAUCACGGGGCGCAUGCAGCCGCAGUUCCCCCGCUGGCAGACCAACCUCAGGAUGUACUGCGUGUCUCUACCCAUCGUGGCGCUGUGCAUGGCGGGCGCAUUCGUGGUGAUGUUGUGCUCCUUCUGGGCAGAAGACUGGGUGAUGAACCUGCACCGCGAGAGAGGUCUGCCGCACGCAGAGAUCUUCAUCCUGCUGCCGUCCGUCGUCUACACGGCGCUCGUCUUCGUCAUGAACGCCUACUACCGACGACUCGCCACCUACCUCACCGAGUGGGAAAACCACCGCACGCAGUCCCAAUUUGAGAGGCAUCGUGUUACUAAAUUAGUGCUUUUCGAGUUUGUUAACAACUUCAUGUCUCUCUUCUAUAUCGCCUACUACAUUCAAGAUAUGGAUUUACUCAAAUACCAAGUCGCUGUGAUGUUGAUCAUCCUACAGACAAUAAACCACUUCCAGGAGUGUUUCCUGCCGCUUAUCAUGAAGUACGGGGGCAGCAAGAUAUCGAGCUUGCUGUACGGCGACGAGCUGGCGACCAAGGAGUCGAUGAAGAAGGUGGCGCCGGCGACGGCGUCGGAGUUCGCGGCGGUGUGUGAGAUGCUGCACGACGUGCCCGAGCUGGAGCCCGACGACCCGCGAGUCCAGCAGGCGCGGGAGGAGGGCCUCAUGGAGCCCUACGAGGGCACGUACGACGACUACCUGGAGAUGUUCGUGCAGUUCGGCUACGUGUUCCUGUUCUCGUCGGCGUACCCUAUCGCCGCCUUCUGGGCCGUCUUCAACAACGUCAUCGAGAUCCGCGCCGACGCCUUCAAGCUGUGUCGCGUCUACCAGAGGCCGAUGGCCCGCAGAGUCAAGGACAUCGGCGCCUGGCAGCGCGCGUUUGAGGCGGUGGGCGCGAUGUCGGUGAUGACGAACUGCGGCCUGCUGUCGCUGUCGCCGCAGCUGCGCGGCCUGGCGCCCGAGCUGUCUUCUGUGGAGUGGCUGCUGCUGUUCGUGAUGCUGGAGCACGGCCUGCUCGCCGUGCGCUACGUGCUGCACCAGGUCAUCCCGGAGCGGCCCAUGUCGGUGCGCGUCGCGCUCGCGCGCCUCAACUACCUGUCCAAGCAGGCGCUCAAGCACGAGAGGAUGCUGAAGACGCGGCGGCACGCGCUCACAAGGAAGUACCGCACCAUCCACGGUCCGCACAACCGCAACCAGUAGCGAGCCCGGAUCUACAAUCUACAGCAGUCUACACUCUGCCUGCGCCAGCCGCGACCGCGGUCGCCACCUUUCAUGCCUUGGCCGUGCUCAUUUUUGUACUCUUGUUGACAUUUUUACAUUGUUACUUAAUUUAUAUUAACACGUUUGAUGAUAUUGUUCCUCUCUGGUUGAAAAAUAAAUAUUUAUGUUUGUA